AUGCAAAAAAUGGCUAUAAAUCAUGGAAAUAAUACUAUUGAAACAAACUCCAAUAAAAUUCGAUUAUUUUUUAAUAAAUAUUAUGGAAUUACUGUUCUAAUACUCUCUCAGCCAUUGUAUUCAACAAUGAAUGUUUGUGUUAAAAUUUUAUCUCAAAAUCCUAUUCGACCAUGGAGUACCUUUCAAAUUAUUCUUUUUCGAAUGGUUCCAACUUAUGUUUUGGGAAUCAUAUACUAUAGAUAUUCAAAAACAUCAUCCAGAUGUUAUACAGAUCUUAAGACCAAAAUUUUUUUACUUCUUCGAAGUCUUUUUGGAUUUAUUGGACUUUGUGGUGUUUACUAUUCAAUACACCAUUUAAAUCUUUCAGAUGUCACUGCACUUCUUUUUUUAAAUCCUAUUUUUAUAAAUUUAUUAGCGCAUCCUAUUUUAUACAAAACCUUUAAUUUCUUUGAUAUUUAUCCUGCAUUGAUAUCCUUUUCUGGCGUAUUAUGCGUUACAAAGCCUGAUUUUAUUUUGAAUAGUCGUUUUUCACAUAAAUUGACUAAUAAAGAUUCUUCAUCUGACACAACAAUGUCUUCUACAAAUUCAAACGUAAUACCAGUUCUUACGUCAUUAGUUGGCGUUCUGGGAACAUGUCUUUCUUAUAUAAUUAUUAAAGGCUUAGGUAAUCACAUAGAUGCUUUAGAAUCGGUUUUAUGGUUUUCAUUGAUUUCAUCAAUUGGUGCCUUUUUAGUUAUUUUUUUCCUUAAACUUCCUUUUUAUUUACCUUUAGAUUAUUCUCAAGUAUUUGCGUUAUCUAUUAUUGGUAUUUCAGGAUUUUUAGCUCAAGUUUUACUUACAAAAGGAUUACAAAUAGAAAAAAUUGGGCGUGCAUCAGCUACUGUAUAUUUACAAAUAAUAUUUUCUCUUAUUUAUGAUAAAUUAAUAUGGGGGAAUAUUCCUGAUGUUUGGAGUUUCUGCGGAAUUGUUUUAAUUAUUACUGGAACAACAAUUGCUAUAAUAGGUAAGGAUAGAAAGAAAACAGAAAUUCCUGAUCAAGAAAAUCAAUAUACCUAUCCAAGUAACAUGGAUCCAGACAAUUAA